AUGAGAAGGAGAUGGAGAAAGAGGAGGAUGAGAAACAAGAGGAAAUGCAUGGGAAAAAGGAGGAAGAGAUGCAGAAGAAGAAUGAGGGAGGAGAAGGAAAAGGAUGAGAACAAGAAGGAGAAACAGGAAAAUCGACAGGAAAAAGAAGGGAAGAGGAGUAGAUUGAGGAAGGAGGAGUGGCAAGAGGAGAAGGAGAGGGAGAGGGAGAAGGCAGAAAAGAAAGAGGAAAAGCAGGAGAAACAGGAGAGAAGAGAAGUCACUCGAAAGAUCAAGACUCGUCAAUUUGCUUGGAGCAUUCCCUACGAGGAGGAGAAAGAUAAGGAGAAAAUAGAGGAGGAUAAGAGUGAAGGAGGAUGA